CGUCAUCAGAGAACCCACACAGGGGAAAAAACUUUUGAAUGCUCAGUAUGUGGAAAGAGAUUCAUUCAGAGUAGCGAUCUUAAAAAGCAUCAGAGAACUCACACAGGGGAGAAACCUUUUGAAUGCUCAGUGUGUCGAAAGAAAUUCAGUGAGAGUGGUACUCUUCGACAUCAUCAGAGAACCCACACAGGGGAGAAACCUUUUGAAUGCUCAGAGUGUGGAAAGAGAUUCAGUGAGAGUGGCAGUCUUCAACUUCAUCAGAGAACCCACACAGGGGAGAAACCUUUUGAAUGCUCAGAGUGUGGAAAGAGAUUCAGUCAGAGUGGCCAUCUUCAACGUCAUCAGAGAACCCACACAGGGGAGAAACCUUUUGAAUGCUCAGAGUGUGGAAAGAGAUUCAGUCGGAGUGGCAGUCUUCAACGUCAUCAGAGAACCCACACAGGGGAGAAACCUUUUGAAUGCUCAGAGUGUGGAAAGAGAUUCAGUGAGAGUGGCAGUCUUCAACUUCAUCAGAGAACCCACACAGGGGAGAAACAUUUUGAAUGCUCAGAGUGUGGAAAGAGAUUCAGUCGGAGUGGCCAUCUUCAGCUUCAUCAGAGAACCCACACAGGGGAGAAACCUUUUGAAUGCUCAGAGUGUGGAAAGAGAUUCAUUGAGAGAGGCCAUCUUCAACGUCAUCAGAGAACCCACACAGGGAAGAAACCUUUAGAAUGCUCAGAGUGUGGAAAGAGAUUCAGUCAGAGUGGCACUCUUCAACAUCAUCAGAGAACCAACACAGGUGAGAAUCCUUUUGAAUGCUCAGAGUGUGGAAAGAAAUUCAGUCGGAGUGGCAGUUUUCAACGUCAUCAGAGAACCCACACAGGGGAGAAACCUUUUGAAUGCUCAGAGUGUGGAAAGAGAUUCAGUCAGAGUGGCCAUCUUCAAUAUCAUCAGAGAACCCACACAGAGGAGAAACCUUUUGAAUGUUCAGAGUGUGGAAAGAGAUUCAGUCGGAGUGGCAGUCUUCAGCUUCAUCAGAGAACCCACACAGGGGAGAAACCUUUUGAAUGCUCAGAGUGUGGAAAGAGAUUCAGUCAGAAUGGCACUCUUCAACUUCAUCAGAGAACCCACACAGGGGAGAAACCUUUUGAAUGCUCAGAGUGUGGAAAGAGAUUCAGUCAGAGUGGCAAUCUUCAAUAUCAUCGUAGAACUCACACAGGGGAGAAACCUUUUGAAUGCCCAGAGUGUGGAAAGAGAUUCAGUCGGAGCGGCAGUCUUCAACUUCAUCAGAGAACCCACACAGGGGAGAAACCUUUUGAGUGCUCAGAGUGUGGAAAUAGAUUCAUUGAGAGUAACACUCUUCAAAAGCACCAAAGAACCCACACAGGGGAGAAACCUUUUGAGUGCUCAGAGUGUGGAAAAAGAUUCAGUCAGAGUGGUCAUCUUCAACAUCAUAAGAGAACCCACACAGGGGAUAAACCUUUUAAAUGCUCAGAGUGUGGAAAGAGAUUCAGUCAGAGUGACCAUCUUCAAUGUCAUCAGAGAACCCACACAGGGGAGAAACCUUUUGAAUACUCAGAGUGUGGAAAAAGAUUCACUCGGAGUGGCAGUCUUCAAAGUCAUCAGAGAACCCACACAGGGGAGAAACCUUUCGAGUGCUCAGAGUGUGGAAAGAGAUUCAGUGAGAGGAGGAAUCUUCAACAGCAUCAGAGAAUACACAGAGGGAAUGACCGCACUCCCCGCACUUUGAAUUUCCUGAUAAGCCAUUUGUCUAUCACCCUCCGUUACUGCAAUGGCAGCUCUCAACCUGUAGGUUCCAAGGAGGGUAGGGGAGCAGGCAAUGGGAGAACAGUAAUGCAUCGGAGAAUCUAA